AUGGUACUGGUGCCCAUCUUGGGGACAGGACUACCCUGCCUGACACGUGUCCCCCCCCAACUUUCCCCUUCUCUCCCCCCAGGGAUCUGGUCGGCGGCGCGGGACGGGGACGAGCAGCGGGUGCGGGAGCUGCUGGAGCGUCGGGGGGAGCCCAGCCAGACCGACUCAGCGGGGUACACAGCACUGCACUACGCCAGCCGCAACGGGCACCUGGGGGUCUGCCAGCUGCUGCUAAGGUGGGGGGCUCGCUGCAACGCCCGCACCCCCGGGGGGGCCACCCCCCUGCACCGUGCCAGCUACUGUGGCCACCUGGCCGUGGCCCGGCUACUGCUAGCCCACGGGGCUGACCCACUGGCCACCGACGGGGACGGCCGCACCAGCCUGCACAAGGCGGCCGAGCAAGGCCACCGGGAGCUCUGUGCCCUCCUCCUGGGGCACAGCCCGGCGGUGGCCACCGUCCCCGAUGCCAAGGGCCGGUUGCCCCGCGAGGUGGCCCAAGGGGAGGCGAAGGACCUGCUGGACACCUUGGAGGAGGGGGGCCACCACGCUGAGGGACACACGAUGUCACCUCACCCCCUCUCUGAUGGGUAAACAACCCCCCCCCGACACCCCAACACCAUCUCUGUCCCAGCGUGGGCUGGCGAGGGGGGUGUCACCCCCAAAAUGUGGCCGCAAUAAGGGGAGGGGGGGUCACAGGGACACUUUUCUGGCUGGCGACCCCUUCCUUCCUAGAAAAAGACCCCAAAAGUGGGGGUUUGGUUGGGGGGAUGGCACUGAAGGAGGUCACUGUCCC